AUAUCUCAAGGACCACUCUUCACAUGCAGGCAUAUCUCAUAUAGCAUCACCACACCUUACAUUUUUGCAUCAUGUAACACAGCCAAAAUUUUAUUAUCUUUGGCUAUGGACUGGUUCUCUUGGUUGUCAAAAAGCAGCCUCGAGCCCUCACUAAUCUAUGAGUAUGGUCUUGCCUUUGCUCGUAAUGAGCUCCAAGCAGAGGACUUGACGUACUUGAACCAUGAGUUUCUUCAAAGUAUGGGUAUUUCAGUAGCCAAGCAUAGGCUAGAAAUACUCAAGCUUGCCAGGAAGGAUGUUGGGGGAGGUCCACAUAGCCUCUCCAAGUUCAUUAAGGCAAUCAACAAGACCAAGAAGAGCAUCCAGAAGUGUAUCAAUAAGUUGGUUUUUCAUCGGGAUUCUGCAGCAUUCAAGGCUGAACUAGAGCCAGAGCUAGCAAGAUAUCAAGGACAGUGGAGAAGAGGAGCAUUGACAAGGAAGUACAGGAGUGAGAAGGAGUUGAUCAAAGUAGAGCAGCCUCCGAUACUCAAAAUCAGAAGGCAAGCAAAAUCUGGUCCUUUGGAUACUAGGAUGCAAGAGAAUUUGAUGCAUGCCAAUAGAUGCUUGAAGCUGUCUGGGCCUCUGGAUGGGAAAGUGCAGGAGAGAUUGGUGCUUGCUUACAGGAGCCCAAAAUUAUAUGGGACAUCAGAUGGAAGGGUGCCACAAAGUUUGAUGAUGACUAAUAGGAGCCCACAAGUACGUAGCCCCUUGGAUGCAAGAUCCACAAGCCCAAAAAUUCACUGUGAUUACAGCAAGGAAAGAAGAGGACUAAACGGUGAUUUUGACGAUCAAUCACUUUGGUCUGCACUUUUUCAAGACAUGAAACCCACUUAAUCGAAUAAUUGUUUUCUUGGUGUGUCUUCCUUUUUUUUUUUUGGUUCCCAAUCUUGAAACAAACUCUUGUAUGCUUAUGUACUCUUACUUGCAUCUCUCCUUCAGCGUGAUUUGGAGGUUUACCUUCAGACAUCAAAACA